AUGGCUAGCAACUACGUUUUCUCUGUUCUGAGGUCGCUGCUUCUGUUAAUUCACACUGUAUUCUUAGGUCAGCACCAUGUUAGUUCUGCCACAAUUAUCAAGUCUCUUCCUGGUUUUGAAGGCCCUCUUCCCUUUGAGCUCGAAACCGGGUAUAUUGGUGUUGGUGAGGAAGAGGAAGUGCAACUAUUCUACUACUUCAUAAAGUCUGAGAGGAACCCAAAAGAAGACCCUCUUCUUCUCUGGCUAAGUGGAGGACCUGGCUGCUCUUCCAUCUCUGGCCUUCUUUUUGAGAAUGGGCCUCUGGCUAUGAAGCUUGAUGUUUACAAUGGAACUCUUCCUUCUUUGGUCUCUACUACAUAUUCAUGGACAAAGGCCUCGAGCAUGAUAUUCUUGGAUCAGCCCGUUGGAGCUGGCUUCUCCUACUCAAGAACUCAACUUUUAAAUAAACCUAGUGAUUCAGGAGAAGCCAAACGGAUUCAUGAGUUUCUGCAAAAGUGGCUAGGCAAGCAUCAAGAGUUUUCCUCCAAUCCUUUCUAUGUUGGAGGAGAUUCUUACUCUGGUAUGGUUGUUCCGGCUACCGUUCAAGAAAUCUCAAAAGGAAAUUAUGAAUGCUGCAAUCCUCCAAUAAAUCUUCAGGGCUAUGUGCUCGGUAACCCGUUAACAGACUUUGUAUAUGAUUACAACUCCCGCAUUCCAUUUGCUCAUGGAAUGGCACUAAUCUCUGAUGAACUCUUCGAGUCAUUGAAGAAAACCUGCAAAGGAGACUAUAGAAAUGUUCAUCCACGUAAUACAGAAUGCUUGAAAUUCAUUGAAGAAUUUAAUAAGUGUACAAACAGCAUAUGUCAACGACGUAUAAUAGAUCCAUUUUGUGAAACUGAAACUCCAAAUUGCUAUAUUUACCGUUUUUUGCUAGCUGCCUAUUGGGCCAAUGACGAAACCGUACGCAAAGCUCUUCAAAUCAAGAAGGAGACUAUAGGGGAAUGGGUACGAUGUCAUUAUGGUAUUCCUUACAAUUAUGACAUUAAAAGUAGCAUACCUUACCAUAUGAAUAACAGCAUCAAUGGUUAUCGUUCACUAAUCUACAGGUUUAGAGUUUAUAACCCUUCUGUCCCUACCAAGAUUCUAGUCUUUUGUUAAACUUUGUGCGGUUUUUGGUGAAUAGUGGUGAUCACGAUUUCGAAGUACCCUUCCUUGGAACCCAAGCUUGGAUAAGAUCUCUCAACUAUUCAGUCAUCGAUGAUUGGAGGCCAUGGAUGAUCAAAGAUCAAAUUGCUGGAUACACAAGGACUUAUGCCAAUAAAAUGACAUUUGCUACUAUCAGAGGAGGUGGGCACACAAUAGAGUUUAAACCAGAGGAAGCCUCUAUCAUGUUUCAAAGAUGGAUCAAAGGCCAACCUCUGUAAAAGAGGGGAGUAACGUCCUUUACGUAUAAAGGAAAAGAAAAGUAUGAUUCUAGUAACACAUCCAAAAAUAUAUACAUAAGGACCCUUGGCCUUAUAAGUGAAUAGAAUUUAGGGUUAAGUUAAACUCAUAAUUUGUAAGCAAAAUGUGUGUUGCUCUAUUCAACAAGCUUGGUACAGUUGCAUUUUACCUUCUUUUUUGUCAACAAGCUUGUUUUCCAUUUGUUUGAAGCAAAAGUUAAUUUACAUGUAUUGUUAUUAAUAAGUGUCACUAAAGAUAUUUAAAUUAUAUUUUUAAUGAUAAAAUUAUAUGUUGGUAGAGG